AUAAAGUGUGGUAUUUCAUAACCGCGAAAGUUCUAAAGUUCGUUACUAUUGACUUUGCACUAACAAGAAAAGUAAUGUUAAUACAAUAAAUAAAUGGAAUAUAAACAGCAGUAAACAGUAACUUUUAUCAUUUUGCUAGGAAGAGAUGAAGAAUCUUGAAUUGAGAUUACAUUUCAGGAUACUAAUACAAGAUGAUUCGAUCAUUGGCUCCUAGUCAGAAAGGCAAACGUCCACUUUUGUCUGAUAUAUCCAACAAUGUAACCUUGUCUCCGGUUGUGUCACCAAUACAUCAUGUAAAAAAGAGAGUUUGCCGUAAUGUCAAAGAUGUACAAAUACCAGAAUAUAAAGCACUUACUCUUUCAACUGAUAAUAUUCAAGCGACGCAAGAAGUAAUUUCUGAACAUGAAGAAAGGGUAAAAAAACUGCUGAGUAAACCAUUCAAAAUACCAAUUCCUGGAUAUCAGCUCUCAGGUCGUACUUUGGGAACACGUUUAUCAGGUCCACGUAGACCUUUACAUGAUCCUGAAGAAGCUAAUGCACUUAUCGUCUAUUCACCACCCGAAAUAUCUGAACAUGAUAGACUUAAAUUAGACCAAUCGAAGCAACUUGUGCAUGUGGUAGUAGAUCCUUUAUUAUGUAAUAUUUUAAGACCGCAUCAGCGAGAAGGUGUAAAGUUUAUGUACGAAUGCGUAACAGGACAACGAAUAGAAGGUGCUUACGGAUGUAUUAUGGCGGAUGAAAUGGGUCUUGGAAAGACUUUACAAUGUAUAACACUCAUGUGGACUUUAUUAAAACAAGGACCUGAAGCUAAACCACUUAUAGACAAGGCAAUUAUUGUUGCUCCCAGUUCGUUAGUUAAAAAUUGGUACAAUGAAAUAUUUAAGUGGUUGAAAAACAGAGUUCAGCCAUUAGCCAUCGAUGGUGGAAGCAAAACGGAUAUCGAUGCAAAACUUACAGGUUUUAUGAAAACUUAUGGUCGCAGAUGUAUAAAUCCUAUAUUAAUAAUUAGCUAUGAAACUUUUCGCUUACACUCGCAUGUCCUUCAUCAAGACGAAGUUGGACUCGUGUUAUGUGACGAAGGUCAUCGUCUGAAAAAUUCUGAAAAUCAAACGUAUCAAGCACUUAUAAAUUUGAAAGCUAAAAGAAGAGUACUACUUAGCGGAACGCCUAUACAAAAUGAUCUCUUAGAAUACUUCUCUCUUGUACAUUUUGUUAAUCAAGGAUUAUUAGGAACUGCGCAAGAAUUUCGAAAAAAAUUUGAAAUACCGAUUUUACGUGGUCAAGAUGCAGGCGCAACAGAUACUGAACGCAAACUUGCCCAAGAACGAUUAACAGAAUUAGUGACUAUCGUUAAUAAGUGUCUGAUUAGACGUACCAGUGCUUUACUUUCCAAAUACUUACCUUUAAAAUACGAGUUGGUCGUUUGCAUAAAAAUGGGAAAAUUGCAAACUGAUCUUUACAAAAAUUUUAUACAAAGCGAUAGCAUAAAAAAAUCAAUGGAAGAAAACCCAGAGAAUCCUAAAAAAGGAAAAAGUCUUUCUGCACUUUCAGCCAUUACACUUUUGAAAAAGCUAUGCAAUCAUCCAGAUUUAGUUUAUGAUAAAAUACUGCAACAAUGUGAAGGAUUUGAGAAUGCAGCAAAAUUAAUGCCAUCAAAUUACAGUACUAAGGACAUUUUACCUGAGUUAUCCGGCAAAUUAAUGGUAUUAGAUUGUCUCUUGGCAUCCAUUAAAACGACAACAAAAGACAAAAUUGUAUUGGUAUCUAAUUACACGCAAACUCUAGAUUUGUUUGAGAAACUAUGUCACAAACGGUGUUACAAUUACGUUAGACUCGAUGGCACAAUGACUAUUAAAAAGAGAGCGAAAGUAGUUGAAAAAUUUAAUGACGAGAACAGCAAUGAUUUUAUUUUCAUGCUUAGUUCGAAAGCUGGUGGUUGUGGUUUAAAUCUUAUCGGUGCAAAUCGUCUUGUCAUGUUUGAUCCUGACUGGAAUCCUGCGAAUGAUGAUCAAGCUAUGGCUAGGGUUUGGAGAGAUGGUCAAAAAAAGCCAUGUUUCGUGUAUCGCUUUCUUUGCACCGGUACUAUUGAGGAAAAGAUUUUCCAAAGACAGGCACAUAAAAAAGCAUUAAGUUCAACGGUUGUUGAUCAAGAAGAAGACGUUGCAAGACAUUUUACGUUAAACGAUUUGAGAGAUUUGUUUAAAUUAGAAGAAAAUACUAUUUCAGAUACUCAUGCUAAAUUUAAAUGUAAGAGGUGUGUUAAUGGUGUAGAAGUAAAAGGACCACCCCCGCAGUCAGACUGUAAUUCAGAUUUAUCAGAUUGGAGGCACGCUAAUAAUCCACGAAAUUUGCCAGAUUUGUCUUUACGGCAAUGCUGGUCUAGCGGAAUUUCAUUUGUUUUUCAUCAUCGCUCGCACGAACAAGUAAAAUAAGUGUUUAUCAGGUAUUCACCUGCAUUGUAAUAAAGAAACUAUAUUUUCUACUGCAA